UGCAAUAAAUCAAGUCUUCAGUGCAUUGUGAUGAUGUUUUCAUCUUUAAAAAACUCACACAAAGUCACCAGAAAAGUUUUGCAUACUUUUGCGUACGUUAUUGAGAGGUAUAAAUGCCACGAUUGAGGGAGCACUCCCUUUUUCCUUCCAUAACAACCAUCGUCAGGAUCAAGUCUGUUACUAUUUGGGCAAUGCGUUUACAAUUUGCAAGUAUCACCACCAGUCUAUUCCUUUUCACAUUCUUAUUCCGUUGCACUUUCGCAGCAGGCCUUGAAAAAGCACCACAUUACCUCCCUGCCCCAGGGCAUGUGCAUAAGAGCGUGUUAGAAGGUUUUCGAGAUCAUCAUAUCGAUAGGUAUAAUUCUGCUAUACUUCCUUCGAACAAAGCACGCCAUAACAAGGCGGCUCAUCGUUAUCAGCAUGAAAUCAAUAAAUUCGACCCUAAUUUGAUUCAUCACGAACAUGUGAUCACGUACAAAGAUGAAAAAGUCCAUUCGAUUGAAAAUCGAGAAGGUUUUAUGAAGGCAAAAGAUCCGUCUAUAUUGGCUACGUCACAUCGGAUUGCCAGUCUUUAUGAUCCCCACCCAGGUCCGGGUCUACGAAACUCUCAACCGGGUCAAAAGAUUAUCCACGUAAAAGGAAGUUCAACGGCAAAUGCACCAGAAUCAGCAGAAAAAGCUCUGGAAAAAGUUACGAGCAAGCAGAAAGGCAGAAGCCGACGUGUUUAGGGGAAUGCUUCUUCAGUCAGGCACACGAUAAUUCUAUCUCCAUCCUUUUUAGAUUUACCAAAUUUAUCAUUCUGUCAUCAGAGUAAACAAUAU